AUCGCUUUGAGAAUGGAGUGAGGUUCCGUGCGCAAGUUCCUCCCGCAUAUUUGUAGUGUAAAUCGUAAAUGGUGAUGAAUACCGCUGGAUGUGUUGUGCAAGUUAAAGCGUCAGUGUGUGAGCUCUAAGAAUGGAACAUAAGAUGAAGGAAAAAUCAUAAAAUUCAACGGAGAAAGAAGAAGCGUGCCAUAGCAGUGCCAUAAGGGAGCCAUGCACAACAACCGGCGGCGGAAGAAGCGGCCCAGCUAUGGGGUUCGCACGGUGGAGAUCACGAAGGGCAAGAACGGCUUCGGCUUCACGAUCAGCGGGCAGGCGCCGUGCAUCCUGUCGUGCAUCGUGCCGGGCAGCCCCGCCGAGCGCGCCGGCCUGCGCCCCGGCGACUACCUCAUCGCCGUCAACAGCCAGAACGUGAGCAAGGCGCCGCACGAUGACGUGGCGCGCCUCAUCGGCCUGUCCAAGCUGCUCAAGCUGCAGAUCGCCGAGAACUACUACUCGGACAGCUCGGACGACGAGUUCGUCACGGUGAACCGGCCGAAGCCCAAGUACCCGAACCGCCUGCGCCACAAGAACCAGCAGACGCGCGCCGAGAAGGUGGUGCGCGACCUGCAGAGCGGGGCCAUCUUCAGCGAGCACACGGCCAUCCACCUAGGCGAGGCGGCGCUGCUGUCCGACCGCGACGCCUGGCCCGAGUCCGCCUUCCCUCCUAAGGCGCCGCUCACGCCCACGCCCAAGGGGCUCACGGUUUCCACGUCGGUGUCCCCCGUGCCCGAGGGCCUGGGCGGCGGCGACGGAGGCCCCGCCGGCGUGCCCUCCUCGACGUCGCCCACGCGCCUGCGCCCCGACCAGAUCCAGCUGGUCAUGGCGGAGGCGCGGCAGGUCACAAGAACGCCACGACCCAUGAAGGAGCCGCAGCAGCAGCAGCAACAACAGCAGCAGCAACAGCAGCAACAACAGCAACAGCAGCAGCAGCAGCAACAACAACAGCAGAAGCAGCAGUCCCAGCAGCAGCAGCAGCAGGAGCACCCGCCGCGGCCCAGACACGUGGUCAAAAAGAAGGACAAGUCUCCGAAGGCCAAGCUGAGGCACCACCCGCAGAACCUCCCGCCGGAGACCGUGAGCAGCUGGCGCACCACCAGCACACCACACCAGCAACAGCAGCAGCACUUGCAGCAGCAACAGCAGCAGCAACAACAGCACCUACAACAACACUUGCAGCAACAGCAGCAACAUUUACAACAACAACAGCAUUUGCAGCAGCAGCAUAGUCAACAGCAGCUCCUUCACCAGCAGCAGUUGCACCAGCAGCAGCCUCAGCGGCAGCAGUCCCCGGUGCAGCAGCAGCUUCAGCAGUCACAGCAACAGCAUUCGGGCAUGUGGGUCGGCGUGGAGUUGCCGAGCGGCUCAGGAAAGGAAGCGUACAGCGUGCUGACUGAGCAGGAAAUCAACAAGCUCCUGUAUCCGACCUUGGCGGAGCUGCAGCAGCAGGCGGCGCCCAACGACCUGGGCGAGGCCCUGUACCGCGCCGUGGUGGGCUACCUGGGCACUAUCGAGAUGCCCAAGGAGCCCCAGGGCGGCUCCAGGCUGGCCGCCAUCAGGAACUGCAUCCGGCGACUGCGCAUCGAGAAGAAGGUGCACACGCUGGUGCUCAUGUCGGUGUUCACGGAGCGCGUCGUGCUCACCAGCCCGCACGGCCUCACGCUGGCUCAGUACCCGGCCGAGCGCAUCACCUUCUGCGGCGUGUACGCCGACGACAAGAAGUUCUUCGGCCUGGUGACGGUGCACGGCGCGUCGGGUGACGAGCUGAGCGACGGCAGCCAGGACGGGGGCAGCGUGUCGUCGUCGUGCCACGUGUUCAUGGUGGACCCGCGCAUGGUGCAGCACGCCGACCACGCACGCAGGGCCAAGAACUUCCGGCUCGAGUGCACGCCGCACCCCGACGCCCCGCACUGCCAGGAGUUCCCCGACUCGGCCGACCCGAUCCUGCACUCCAUCAUGAGCCUGUACCGCAACCGGGUGGGGUUCCACCUGGACACCGGCGCGCCCGGGCUCAUCGACGUGGAGGCGCAGAUGUCGCCCCAGCACUCCAACACUUCCUCCAACUCCUCCAACUCUGACUCCGGCAUCGGCUUCAGGGACGACGGCGGACACCACUACCACCACAACGACCGCGUCUUCGUCGUCGAGGUGGACGACAACCAGCGCAUGCGCAUUCAGAACUUCCAGCUGGUGAGCAACCUCCGGGCCAACCUCAACGACAACCUCAGGUCAAACAUCGACAACCACAGAGGGAACAUCGACAACCAUAGAGGGAAUAUGGAAAACCAAAGGGGAAACAUGGAUAACCACCGAGGGAAUAUGGAUAACCAUAGAGGAAAUAUGGACAAUCACAGAGGGAAUAUGGAUAACCUAAGGGGGAACAUGGACAACCAUAGGGGCAAUAUAGAUAUCCACCGAGGAAAUAUAGAUAGUCACAGAGGGAACUUAGACAACCACAGAGGGAACAUGGACAGUCACCGGGGUCUGGACAACCACAGGUCCAACAUGGACAACCUGCGGGUCAACCUGGACAGCCACCGGGCCAACCUGGACAACCUGCGGCCGAGCAGCACGGACAACUUCCGCUCCAACCUGGAGACGCAUCGCGUGCACCUCGACAACCUCCGUGGCAGCAUCACGGCGGGCUACGGCGGUGGCGUCGUCAGCGCCUCCGUCACCGACAGCAUCGCGAACAGCCUGAGUGCCAACGUCUUACGUGCCAAUAUCAACGACUUUAACCCUUCCAGUGCCAAUAACCUCCGUGCCAUCGCGAGCGAGAAGCUGCUAGUGAGUGCGAGUGAAAGCAGCAGUGCCAAGUUGCUGGACAACGUGCGUGCCAAUGUGAACGACCACCUGCGAGUGAGUGUGACAGACAAAGUGUUGGGCAAUGUGGAUAACCUGCGAGUGAGCGUGAGUGACGCGAAGCGGCUGAGCGACCUGCGAGCCAGCCUGGCCGAGAGCCGGGCCAGCCUCGUGGACGGCCGCACCAGCAUCACGGACGACCUGCGGGCGGCGCUGGAGGACGAGGUGCGGGCCGGCCUGCACGACGGACGUACGAGCGGCGUGGACGGCCGCACCAGCAUCACCGACGACACGCGGCUGGCGCGCGACCGGGGCGCCACCAAGACCCCCGUUGCGGACUGCAGCGCCACGCCGGAGACGGGGCGCCUGACCGUGCGCGCCAUGCCGGACCCCGUGGGCUUCGAGCGCUCGCCGGGCUCUCUCAGCAGCAGCGACACGCCCGUGCACGUGGCCUCCAUGCGCCACUCCAUGCACAAGUACCUGCAGCACAAGCAGGAGCAUCUCGUCAAAGUGUCGCAGAAGAUCAACCGGCGGGAGUCCGACACGGGCGGCAUCCACCCGCUCAGCGUCCGCGCCUUCUCGCCCGCCACCACCAAGCCCAGCCCGCCCACGCCUACCGUCACGGCCUCCGCCCAGGAGACGCUAGACCUUGAACUCUCGAUCAAAUUGUCCCCGAAGGUGUUCGGAGUGCCACAGCUGCCUCUGGGCGGCGCCCUGUCCCCGCUGCGUCCGCGGGCGCCCUCCGAGAGGUCCUACACGCGGUCCCUCGAGGACCUGCGGGACUCGUCCACCAGCGACGGCGUGGGCGGACCUCUGGCCAGCGGUGGCUGCGGCAGUAGCUUCCGCGACGGCUCCGAGAGCGACCACGGGCUGGACCGCCUGCGGCACGUGCCUCUGACACCGCUGGCGCGCCUGCUGCACGCCUCGGAGAACAACCUCACGCGCUACGGCAACAUCUACCCGUCGGAGCACCACCGCGGGGCCUUCCGCGCCGUGGCGCCCCGCACGCACCGCGAGCCCCCGGCGCCCCUCGGCGUCGGGGUGGUGCCGCGCAUGGGCGGCCUUGUAGGCGUGGGCGCCUUAGAUUCGGGCGACGAACACACAGAGAACACAGAGAACACCGGGGAACAAGAAGGAAGCCAGGACGUGCACCCGCCGACGCAGGACGAGUUCUCGCACGACUCCGACUCAGAGCAGGUCAGUGUAGGCCUUUUAGGGCUUUCGCCUUGA